AAAACUGAAACUGCAGGAAGAGAGGAGUGACACAGCCAAUGGAAAGAGAGGGGGGGGAAGAGAGACGAAGUGCGGAAGAACUAAAGACUGAGAGACAGAUUCAUUUGUCUGAUAUCGUACUCAUUCAUCAUCUAAAUCAAGAUGUUGACAGUGGUGGGUGAAGAUGCUUUGGUCCCCAGACAGAGGAGUAGACUGCCUGUGCUGUGUGCCUUCGCUCUCGCGGCUCUAGCGUUGGUCUUUGCUCUUCUGCUGGACACUGAGCAAUUCAAUGAGAGAGCAAGACUGGUCGUUUUAUGCAUUGCCGUUGAAACAACACUUUAUAGCACGUGCUUGUUUGCAGAGGAGUGGAUUAACCAUUCAAAGCAACGGUAUCAUGGUAAAAUAAGUCGGAUCUUUCAGGAAUGCUUCAAUAGGCAUGUCAUUCUGGGAGUGGUUCUUAUCUUCCUGCAGCUAAAGUUGGGCGGAGGUUCAUUUUCUUAUGAACAACUUAGCACCGCAUGCCUUACAUGUGCUGUUUACCUGUUCUCUAAAAGCAUGGGGAUUCUGGGCCCUACUCCUGUGGAGAUCUCAGAAAUCUGUGAAGUAAGGAAAAUGAAUGUGGCACAUGGCUUGGCCUGGUCUUUCUAUACAGGCUACCUGAAAUUUGUGCUUCCAGAACUAGAAAACAAGGUCACAGAGUACGCCACAAGGAAUCAACUGAAUUCUCCUCGCCUCCAUAUUCUUCUACCCCUCAACGCCGCAGCCCCAAACAAACCAGAAGACGACGACAAUCAUGUGGUCUUCCACGAGAACCUUCCAGAACUGGAGCUGAAUAGAGCAGGUGUGCGACAACGUAGCUACAAGAACAGCAUCUAUAAAAUCACGGGCGAGAACAAUGAGACGUAUUACUGUGUUUUGGAAUACGCCACACCACUGCAGACACUGUAUCAGAUGUCCCAGGACAGAAACGCAGGGUUUGGGGAAAAAGAACGAAAAGAACAAGUCUUGCUUUUCUACAGAACCCUCAGCCAAAUUCUGGAAAAUUCUCUGGAGUGCCGGAAUCGAUUCCGUCUCGUGCUGAUCGACGAUGAGCAUACAGAUGAGCCACAUUACCUCUCCAAAGAGAUCAUUAAGCACCUGAAUCAACAGAAAGGAGAGAUACACAUGAAUCCAGUCCAAGAGCAUGCGGAUCUGGCCCAUCCACUUCCAGAAGAGGGUGCCGUGGGAGAUUUUAAUCGUGCUUUGGAUGAUGCCUUUCCAGAAGAUCAGAUGAACAGCUUACCAACCCUCAUGUUUAGCCUCCCUAGAUCAUUGAGAUCAGGUCCAGUAGAAACUACUGAUGAUUACGGACAACAUGGCGCAAGAAGAUAGACUCAUGUGGGACCAACAAAUUAGGAAAUAUGGGAAAUAAAAGCAAAAUAUGCACUUUA